UCUUGGCCUUGUGGCAUUCAUCUGGGGAAUUGUGGCUAGAACAACAGGACACUUUGGACCCCUUGAAGCCCACAUGCCCACCGUGACUUCCGGCGCAAAUUUACUAAUUGCUGUCGGAUUUAUUAUAAUGUUUGUCGGAUUUCUUGGAUGCUGCGGGGCUAUACGAGAAAGUCAGUUCCUCCUUAUGGCUUUCUACUUCUCCGUAUUCAUGUGCUUUAGCCUACUUAUGGCCGCUGGUCUCUGGGCUGUCGCUUGGCAACCAAGGUUGCCUAUCUACCUUCACAACUCACUUGAAAAGCUGGUGAAGAGCUACAAGACCGAUGGCGACCCCGAGGAUGUCAAUAUUCUGAACUUCAUUCAAAACAAGUUUGUCUGCUGUGGUGCUGUAGGCGUAGUCGACUAUUCGAAUUCUCCAGUGCCCACCAGUUGUGGCUCCAGCCACCAGGAACAGACUCAGCGACCAGGGUGCCAAUACAAAAUCCUGCAGUCUGGACAGGAAAACCUUUCAACUAUGACGGGAAUCGGCAUUGGAUUCGCAGCGAUCAUGGUAAGGCCCUCAAAUCGCCGUCUGCUUGCCCUCCGAAACCCUAAGAUAAAUGGCAUUUGGUCAAAUGCAAGCAUGGCUGUGGCAAUUUACCAUUCCGAAACGAAAUACAGGCUGUUGUACCAGAAAAACAAACACUAUUUCCAUUGA